UUCCCUUAAAAAUAAAAUCAACGUGGAAAACCAUAGUACCCAAAUUGUGGCCAACGCCCAUUUCUCUUUCAUGGGCAUUCCUCUAGAUUACAGGGAAAUUUUUUGUUCCAAUUAACCCCAAAAAUUGAUAAGGAAAGAGGAAAAAUGGAGGUUGACGGCGUCAGAAGCGGCGAUGCUGGGGUGGUUGGAGGCGGAGGAGGAGGAGGAGGAGGGUGUUGCUCCGGGAAGAGAAAAAACGAGAGGGCUUACAAAGGAAUAAGGAUGAGAAAAUGGGGGAAAUGGGUUGCUGAAAUCCGAGAGCCAAAUAAACGGUCGAGGAUAUGGUUGGGCUCGUAUACGACGCCUGUUGCAGCUGCAAGAGCAUACGAUACAGCUGUUUACUAUCUCCGGGGGCCAUCGGCCCGGUUAAAUUUCCCGGAGCUGUUAGUCGGUGAUAGCGGCGAACUCAGUGAUUUGUCUGCUGAUGCAAUUCGUAAGAAGGCUGUUGAAGUAGGUGCUAGAGUUGACGCUAUCCAGAGUUCAAUGGCUAUUUCCGAUGAUGACGGCGACGGCGAUAAUCAGCUACGGCGACAUGAAAGCCCGGCCCGAUUAAAGCCUUGUUGGUUUCAGGAAAAGCCUGAUUUAAACUUGAAGCCCGAGCCCGAAGGCCCGGAAUUUGAUUAUUGGUGAGCUGUUUAGGACUGUUUUUAUUUUUCUGAAUUAUUAUCUUUUUUCUUUUUUUUAAUUUAAAUUUUGAGCUUAAUAUAAUCUGAGUACAACUGUACUUAUGUUGUAACAUGUAAAUAUAGUCUUUGUCAAAUGCAAUUUUAGCAUUUUUUUUUUU